AUGUCUCCAUCGUCCGUAACAAAACGCCUUGUUUCGAUCUUUGCCAUGAUUGCCAUACAAUUAGUCUUUUCACACAGUGUUAUGUCUCUGAAUCAAACCAAUUCGCUGAACCAAACUAAUGCUUAUUUGCACCAUACAUGCAUCAACGGUCAAGGGACAUACAAACCAGGGAGUCCAUACGAGGAAAACCUAAACCGCGUCAUUCGUGCUAUCUCUAUCUCAAUUUCUAACUAUGGUUUCGUCCAUGGCUCCAAUGGUGAUGCUCCCAAUAAAGUUUUCGGAAAGCUCCAGUGCCGGGGGGACUCCAAUGAGUCCAAGUGCCGCUCUUGCCUCGACACUGCCUUCUCCGAGAUUCGUAGUAAAUGUCCGAACAACAAAGGGGGAAUAAUAUGGUACGACAACUGUCUUCUCGAGAUUUCUCCAAUCAACUCUUUAGGCAAGAUUGAUUACCAGAAUACUUUCUAUAUGUACAACGAGAAUGAUGUGAAUGGCGAUACAAAUUCGUUCAACAAGAAUUCAAGGGCUCUCCUCUACAGGCUAAAAGAAAAAGCUACUAGUAAAGAAAACAAUAAUGGCAAGCAAGACUUACCGCAAAACGGGGAAAAUAGGCUCAUCAGAAUGAAGAAGUUGUAUGCGGCAGGGGAGGGAAGUCUCGGCAAGAUGAAGUUGUAUGCAAUGGUGCAGUGUACGAAGGAUUUAUCCAUUAAAAAUUGCAAUGUGUGUUUGAACUGGAUUAUGGCGAAACUUCCCACAUGCUGCAAUAAUAAACAAGGAGGAAGAGUUUUGAGUACGAGCUGUAAUUUUAGGUAUGAGCUUUACCCUUUUGUAAAGAAUUGA